AUGGAGGACGAGGGAAGUAAAAGUUACAGAGCUACAAGAGAAGAGAAGAGAAAAGAAGAGAAGAGAAGAGAAGAGAAGAAAGAGAAAUUGGUAUUCUAGGGUGAGUAAAAUGGCAAAGUCCAUUGUGGUGGUGCUUGUGCUGUUGCAACUCUUGGCUGUCAAUGGACAAUCUCAAUGCAGGUUCAGCCAAAACCCUCCAUGUCCUCCAACUCCCACAGGGUUGGGUCAUAUUGUCCUUGUCCAUGGUGCAGGCCAAGGACAAUGGUUCUGGUAUAAGGUUGUACCCAAAUUGGAGGCUGUAGGCUAUAACGUGACAACCAUCCAACUUGGACCUUCAGUCACCCAGGCUGUGGAGUCCAUAGAAAACGUUUCGUUUUGGAAUUACUCACAACCAUUGUUUGAUCUGAUGGAGUGCAUAGACCACAAGGUUUUGCUUGUGGCUCAUAGUGCUGGAGGAUUCGAUAUUGCUGUUGCAAUGGAGAGGUACCCCACCAAGAUACUUGCAGCUGUCUUUAUCGCUGCAUACAUGCCUGAUACCACACAUAGCAUGUCCCAUGUUAUCGAUCAGGGAGCGAAAUAUACUACAGGAGAAUGGCUAGACACUUGUGUUGUGACUAGUGGGAACAAUACUUGGUAUUUCUUUGGUGAUGACUUCUUGGAAUCAAAACUCUAUCAAAUGUGUCCUCCCGAGGAUAUCGCCCUAAUGCAUACACAGAAAAGGCUAGGAUCGUUCUUUUACAAUGAAAUGGCUGAAAUGAAACUUACAGAUGAGAAGUAUGGUUCAGUUGAUCGAUUCUACAUUGUAACUGGAGAUGAUUUAACGAUUUCUACCGAUUACCAAUACGUAAUGAUCAACAAUUUUCCGGUGAAAGAUCAUAAGCUGAUAGAGAGUUCUGGUCAUGAGAUUAUGCUAUCAAAGUCCUCAGAGUUAUCGGCUUAUAUCUUAGAUAUUGCCAUUAAAUAUUCCUCUUAUUUUGUGACUGAUAAAGCUGCUGGAGAUGCAACUUGGCCCAGUUGGGUCGAGAUGAGAGCCAAACCAUAUUCAGUCUUACAUGGUGCCUGGUGGUUUUGAACCCACUGGACCGGAGAAGGAAGCCCAAUCUUACUAUUAAUGAACUGCUACGGCUGCUGGAGGGUACCAUGGUUUCUGUGUUGGGUGUGCUAUGCUAUCUAUCUAUAUAUGGUUUUGUGUUUAAAUGAGAGCCAAACCAAAAAGUAGUUAAACUUUUUAAUUUAUGGUCGAUACCAAUCUGAUACAGACACCAAUACUGAUAUCUAUAACCUUGAUCUCCAUAAUAUGUUGCUCACCAACUUAUAUUGACAAA